AUGUCCCCAUCCGGAGACGACGGGAAGAUGAGGUGGUGUCCUCUUAUGCUGGUCGCGGCUGGGCCUGAGGCGCCAGAAUCCGGGCUUGCCCUGCUGGGCGGGGCCGCUUCGGAAGGCGAUGGUGAGGCCGGGUCCAGCUUCACGGAGGACGGCCGCUUAUACAUGGCGACGUCCGGUCUUUGCCUCUGGGACAGCGAGUCCCCAACAGUAGCGAUAACGUCGGCAGCCUUGGUGGCGCCGUUUCUGAGACGCUCCGCGGCGAAGGCGGCAGAGCUAUGCGCGGUGAUGGAUCCCGAGCUGGUCGCCAGCACAGAGUUGUUCGCAGUCUUCCCGCCGGCCCACGAGACCAAAACUCUUGAGGCAACCCUUCUGGCCGCCGUGCCUCUUCCCGAGGCGGAGAAAGCCGCGGCUGCCAUGCAGGCCUAUCUGAGCUUCCCGACGACACCUUCUGCGAGCUCGACCUCGCGUCCUCCGUGGAAGCCUCCACCACUAGGAAGCUUGGGAAUGGUGCUUCUGCGCCUCGCCUCGCGGCCAGAGGAGGGCUUCGCCCUCCUACCCAAGGAGGACCGAAGGGCCCAGCCCCGAAGACGCCAGUUGCAGGAGACGCGGCUUCGUCAAGGGGAUUGUGUUCGACUGCUCUCAUCGCCCUUUGCCUUGCUCAAGGCAUCCCUUUUCUUGGGCAUGGAGACGACUGGCUUCAUUGCAGCUGCAGAGGAGACGGGUGCAUUCGCGCUGCUGGACGCCCGACAGCUGCCCGGCGCUUGCGGCGGCGUUCUGGUUCGGGACACGGACCCGGAGCAUCCAGUGGCCCUCAUGGCACCACCGUUGGGUACAGCCGGACGUCGAUGGCCUUUCAACCCGCUGAUCUCACUGCAACGGAUCAUCUCAGCUUUCGCCAGCACGCUGAGCGCAGCAUACUUGCCACAGAGAAUUCGCCUGACUGAG